UUUAACAAAAAAACAAAAUUUUUUACUGUGUAUAUAAAGUAAAGUAUUUUCAUAUAUCGUUUGUUUUAAAUAACUCCGUUAUAUGACAAUUGAUGCGUUCCGAUAUUUACUGUCAGUACUGAAAAUCUACAGUAUAUGUGACGUAAACUAUAAAUUUUCAGUACUGGCAGUGAAUAUCGGAACGCAGCCAAUGUAAAAUAUUAUUUCAAAAUAUAUUUUAUUCUGCAUUUAUUCGACUGAUGGAAAGAUAUAUAUUAAUAUAUAAUAAAUUUAGAAAUCGUCGCGCAAUGAAAGUAAUUGAAUAACAGAAAUUUUAUAGUCAGAUAAAUAUUUACACAUUUAUGUUUUACAUUAAUAAAUUAUAAAAAUUAACAAACGAAAAAACUGAUUUUUUAUAUGUAAUUCCAUUAAUUUAAUUGCUCGUGAUCUUUUUAUGGCAUUAUAACAAUUAAAUUUUUAGCUGCUCUUGAGACUUAUCAGCAUUUUCUCAGCUUUUGUAUUUACUGCAAAUUACGGUCUUUUAUUACAAUUUUAGCUCAUCCUACGAGCACCAUGCCGCAGAACAAUUCCGAAUAAUAAACGACUAAUUGGAGGAACGGCACGUAUGCAUAUGCCGAGUCCUUUAAAAGCCGCUCGCGCGUCGCUUUAUAUACCUCUGGUCACCUCGUUCCACUCACAAGAGUAUAAUACCCACGCAAUGGGAAUAUCUAAUGACCUCCCACGGGAUUAAACUUCGAAAACGAAAAUAUAAUGUGAUUCCCACAACGGCACAAAGCACUUACCGGCUUAGCCAGCUUAUUCUUCGUAGAAAUCUAAUUUUCCAUAUUGGCCUUGCCUGAAAUAUAGCGUGUCACAAGCAUAAACGGCCUCAAUGGACUAUGUCGACAGCGCAAUGCAAUUUCUGUCGGAAUGCAAAUCUGUAAAGUUCGAUGACUUUCUAACGAGACUUUUAUAAUCCGGUUGAUCUUUCAAAGUCAAAUGUUUUCCGUGCAAAAUAGUCGCUCGCAGAAGAAAAAUGAUCUUUUUAACAAGAGUGUUCGGUGUUUUAUCGAGAUUAAACUUGAUUAAACAUUAUUGUACUUUAAUUCAGAUAUAACAUAAGUCUCCGCAAUUCUUUUAAUAAUUAAAAAUUUUUCACAUACACAUUCAUGCGAAAUGACCACAUUAUUUAUCGGAUUUUCUGAUAAAACUUCUGUCUCUCGUAUUUCACGAAAAUGUAAAUUAUAUUGACUUCACUGAGAUGCAGUGCACUCUGCAUUAGAAUAAUAUCAAUGCGCGAUUUCAGAAGCCGUAAUUCAGUCUUGUUAUGGAGAUGUAAAUUAUGAACUAUCACUAUAUCGAAAAUAUGAAAUAAAAAUUUUACUUUUAAAGUUUUGCUUCUUACGAAUUAAAAAUGAUAGUAUAGAAAAGAUGAUAUUAUUAUUGUGUAUUGGUAUAUUGUCAGCCUCCCUAUUUGCAUUUUGUAUACAAUAACUUUGUAGUAGAAUAUUGUAAUUAAUAUUCUUAAUUUAAUUUAAUGAAUAUAUUCUUCAAUAUGUUUUAAUUGAUUCUAGAUUUAAAGUUACAAAAUAUUAAUUUUUUAAUUUCUUAAAAAUGUUAUAUAAAAAUGUAAAAUCUUUCCACAUUUAGACUGCAGUACUAAAAAUCUCUAAUACAAGUAAUUGUAGAUUAGCAAUAGCAUAAUCAACUUGUUAAAUAAUUAUGUUCUGGGCUGAGAGAGGGAGAGAGGGAGAGAGAGAUGUUCUCAGCCCUUCUGCCUGAAUGACAGGAGCGUCGCCUGUUUUCCUUUUCUGUUCACUCUUCUUUCUCUCUCUCAGCACGGGUCAUCGGAUACGCUCGACCGAUCUCGUUUUGUUUUCGGCAACGAAGCAUGAUCGGAGGAGCUCUUUAAUCUGCAUCGGGUGCAAUCGACUUGCCCCGUCAUCUAUCGGCUUGGCGUUGCUGACCGGGUAUUGUUUGUUUGUUGUUGUUAUGUGGUUAUCAACCCCGCCGGCGUCUUUCUAUGAUUUUUUGCUUUAUCGCUCUCUGUGAAUGCAUCGAACACGAGGUUCGUCAUCUUUUGAAAGGUCUGAGUGCGUCGAAAACGUGAUUCAUUAUCUUGGGAAGCAGUGUGCUAAAUUUGUAAUAAUCAGCAACCUUCUGCACGAUUCUGCGAAGCGCAGAAAGGAUCGACAUAGCUCCAUUUUGCGUUCACGGAUCACGGGAUCGCCGCUGCGGGGAGCCCCUUGAGACGGGCUAUUGAGAGUGAUUUUUUCGGAUUGAAGCGCUCAAGCCACGUCAUAUCAUCAUCCCCUCAAAAGGUAUUUUUUCGAGAACGAAUUGUUAUCUUCGAAAGGAAACGACGGAUUGCAAUAGCGUUUCGCGCCAUGAGGCGUCAUGCACGCACGCGACCGCGUGAAAGCACGUAGGUCGUCUCUCUCGCUCUCGUGAGCGUCAUCUGACCAUUCAUGCAUUUCAUCGUAAGUUUAAUACGACUUACGUGGAUCUAAAUAACUUGAAAAACGUUAAUUGAUUAUUUUCAGAUAAAUUGAUAAUGAUGUUUAUUUCAAAUGCAUAAUUUUAUUGUACUUAAAAAUUGAAUUUUUAGCAUUGCAAAACUUAUUAUUUUUGUUAGAAGAAGUACGCAACAUUCGAAAUGUGUAAUUAAUAGUUGUAAUUAAAUGGAAAUAUAUUUGUGUUUUUAAAAAUAACACGUGGUCUCCUCUGUACGAUCCAUAAGCUAUCUUUGUAAUUCCAAAGCAUUUUUCUCUCUUAUCUUGAGUUUCCCAAACAUUUUUGGUCCUUCGAGCCGGAUAGCACCGUCAAGGGCAGGCCACGUUAAUUGUUUACACAUAAUCAUAUGUGCGUAUUUGGAAAAAUUUCUUUAAUUAAUGCAUGAUCUUAAUUUCCCUUUUUUCUCCCCUUUCCACCACCCUCAAAAGGUUGGUAGGAAAAUUUGCAGCAUAUUAGAUCGACGUUACUUAAAGGGUUAACUACGAUAAAUAAAAGGCUCACACUCAAAGCUGGAUUUGGUGAGCCAACCGGAAGUCACUCGCCCAAUCAAUCAUGACAUCGCGCAUCUCAAUACAAUUGAACCGAUUUCUGCGCAUCCAGAAUACUCUCCAGGACUCAUUGGAGGGGGAAACCGAGAGCAUGACUCGGGGCCUCAUUAAAUCACGGCUGGAGAUGCUUGAGGAGGACUGGGCCGAAUUCCGCGCGGAGCAUAACUCCUUAAGCCUCGACGAAUCGGAUGACCCGGAAAAACGAUCAUACAUGAUUACUAAAACGUUCGAUCGCUGCCGCGAAUUCGUCAUACAGGCACGAGCAACGCUGCGGUCUCGUCAGGAUGACCUUGAAUCAAUGAACACUUUGUCUCAGGCCUCGACAAUCUCCAUGACUGCGCAGCCUGCAACGAACAGUAGACGAGGGCUGCCUCGACUUGGUCUUCAGAAAUUUUCGGGCGAUUAUUGUGAAUGGCGGCCGUUCCGGGACAUGUUUCUCUCAAUGGUAGGGAACAAUCCCACACUGGAUGAUGUGGAAAAAAUGCACUACUUAAAGUCAAGCUUAACGGGAGCCGCCGCGAAGCUGGUGAGAAACAUUUCGACAUCAUCCGAUUCCUACGCUAUCGCAUGGAAAAAAUUGGUUUCGCGGUAUGAAAAUGAGCGGCUUCUGAUCACCGCUCACCUCGAUAGAAUCGCGGACUUAAAACGAUUGCAAUCAAAAUCAGCCCGCGCCCUGAAUGAUCUUCUAUCAACCGUGUCUGAUUUGCUUGACGCGCUAAAUGAACUUGGAUGCACCGACACCUGGGACGCAAUGCUGGUACAUCGACUAUCUCGCCUGUUGGAUGCCGACACCCGGGAGUUAUGGGAGGUAAAGUUGGGCACGACUUCUAGGUUUCCUACGUUCGAGCAGUUUGAAGAAUUCUUGGUAGGCCAGGCGCGCGCUUGGGAGAGCUUGCAAUCGGAGACCGACGGCAAGUCGAACGGGAAAGGCCGAUUUUCACGGUCGUCUGGCAAGCCUGAUAAUAAAUCGCGGAGUUUGGUUGCCACCACAUCUCAAACAGGCAGCCUGUCAUGCCGAGUAUGCAAAGAAGAGCAUUAUUUACACGCCUAUCCUCAGUUCCGAGCAAUGAACAAUCAAAAACGGCGACGAAUCAUAACGGAAAAGCGCCUGUGCUUUAACUGUUUCGGUACUCAUGCUGUUGCCCGUUGCUCGAACACGAAACGGUGCAUCAAGUGUGGACAAAAACACCACUCAAUGAUACACGAAAGCGUGCAUUCCAAUCGAAAGCAUCAUCGACGAAUACGAAUAUCGAAAGCUCCAGGAAAUCAGAAUCAAGGGAUAAUGAGACGCAACAAAAGUCAUCAGAACAAUGACUACAAGCCACUUUCGCACAUCACGUAGAGACAUCCGCUGAAACACGUCGCGUCACAUUACUCGCCACCUGUCGGAUAUCGAUAACCACUCUCGACAGAGGCUUCAAGAUAGCUCGAAUGCUUAUCGAUUCAGGAUCGGAAUUAUCAUUCAUAACAGAAGAAUUGGUGAGGUCUCUGCGGUUACCCCGUACCAAGGCUUCCCGCUCCUUGGCAUUGGCAGAACGCCUUCCGGCCGCACACGUGGGCGUGUGACCGUGCCGUUAUCUUCGAUACACGACUCUUCGAUCACGUACGAUCUGCACGCCUACAUUCUUCCGCGAGUAACCUUUCAGCUACCCACUUUUGAUUCCAACAAGUGAAUGGGUACAUCUUCAAGGAAUACAAUUAGCUGAUCCCGAUUUCGGACGCCCUAAUUCGAU